UCCUGCGCUGUCUUCGAAAUUCGACAUUUUCUGGAAAAAAAAAGAAGAUAAAAAAACCAAAAAGACAAGAAAAUACAAACAGUCAACGAAGAUUUUGUAUUGGUUGAUUUAAAUAUUCAAUAUUCACUUUUUUUUCCAAACUCAAAACUCUAAUUUACAUCUGGGAUUCGAACAUUCCUCCAUUUCCUCCAAUCACAGGACGAAAAAAGUAAAACAUUCUUCUCCGGCGAGAACCAAUGGAUGCGCCGACGGAGAAAUUCGUGGCCUUAGAGGCUGAUGAAACGACGUCGAUGAGAGGCUGCGGACUCGCUAAUCUGACGUGGGUCGGCGUAGACAAGGAGGAGCUUCGCCAGAGGCUGAUGAUGCCUGAGUACAUCCGUCUCGCCAUGCGCGACUGUAUCAAACGCAAAGAUACCACCGCCAUUCCCGACCAUUUGCUUCUUCCCGGUGGCGCCGUCGCCGAUAUGGCUCCCCACGCGCCGAUGGUUGUCUUCAUCAACCCCAAAAGUGGUGGUCGUCAUGGUCCUGUGCUUAAAGAGAGGCUUCAACAGUUGAUGAGCGAAGAGCAGGUGUUUGAUCUCACGGAAGUGAAGCCUAAUGAGUUUGUUCGAUAUGGCUUGGCGUGUUUGGAGAAAGUGGCAGGGGAAGGAGAUGAAUGUGCUAAAGAAUGCAGAGCAAGGUUGAGGGUUAUGGUUGCAGGAGGAGAUGGUACAGUUGGUUGGGUUCUUGGAUGUCUUGGAGAGCUUAACAAAGAUGGAACGUUACCAAUCCCUCCUGUUGGCGUGAUCCCUCUCGGUACAGGCAAUGACCUCUCUAGGAGUUUUGGUUGGGGUGGUUCGUUCCCUUUUGCUUGGAGAAUUGCUGUUAAAAGAACGCUCCAUCGUGCAAGUAUGGGUCCAGUUGCUCGACUAGAUAGCUGGAAGAUUCUAGUGUCAAUGCCAUCUGGAGAAGUGGUGAAUCCUCCUUAUUCCUUAAAACCAGCCGCGGAAAACGAACUUGAUCAGGGCUUGGACGUGGGAGUAGAUGCGCCUCUAGUGGCAAAGUCCUAUGAAGGAGUGUUCUACAAUUACUUAAGCAUAGGUAUGGAUGCUCAAGUUGCAUAUGGCUUCCAUCAUCUUCGCAACACUAAACCAUAUCUUGCUCAAGGCCCUAUCUCCAACAAGCUUAUUUAUUCAGGAUUUAGUUGCACUCAGGGUUGGUUUUGCACCCCGUUUGCCAGUGAUCCAGGCUUAAGGGGACUUAGGAACAUAUUGAAGAUUCACAUCAAGAAGGUUUACUGCUCUGAGUGGGAAGAGAUAGCAGUUCCCAAAAAUGUGAGAUCAGUUGUGGCAUUGAAUCUUGAAAGCUAUGGAAGUGGAAGUCAUCCAUGGGGUAAUCUAAAACCGGACUAUCUAGAGAAGAGAGGAUUUGUGGAGGCUCAUUGUGAUGAUGGUUUGAUAGAGAUCUUUGCUUUCAAGCAUGGAUGGCAUGCGUCAUUUGUCAUGACUGAGCUCAUCUCAGCCAAGCACAUAGCUCAGGCUGCUGCAGUCAGAUUUGAGCUAAGAGGAGGUGACUGGAAAGAUGCCUUCUUGCAAAUGGAUGGAGAGCCAUGGAAGCAACCAAUGAGCACUGAUUACUCAACGUUUGUGGAGAUUAAAAAAGUUCCUUUUCAAUCUCUAAUGAUAAAUGGUGUGUGAUUGCUAUUGGAAGAUGCAUUCUUUGUAGAGAAAGCUAAUUGUUUUUGUAUUUGGAUAGGUAGCUGCUCUGCUUAUUGUUAUUGUUAGUUCUGUAAAUCUUUGUGAUGUGACAAGUAAAGUUUGUGGGACUUAUAAGAUAUGAGCUAAAAUCUUUUGGUAAGUUUCAA